AUGAACUCGAGCAAUUUCAAUUAUAAAACAUCGUCAAAUCAACUGCAUUUUGGCACGCCUCUAUCUUCUACAGCAGAUUUACAAUUAGACGUGGAUUCAGAUGAUGCUGACUCGAGACCCGGAAAGAGAUCCGGUAGACGCAAAAUUGAGAUCGAGUAUAUAGAAGAUAAAUCCAGGCGACACAUUACAUUCUCAAAGAGGAAAGCUGGUAUUAUGAAGAAGGCUUAUGAAUUGAGCACAUUGACGGGUACGCAGGUUCUUUUGUUGGUAGUUUCUGAAACUGGUCUUGUAUAUACAUUUACGACACCUAAACUACAGCCAUUAGUUACAAGACCAGAAGGAAAAAGUUUGAUUCAAGAGUGUCUUAAUGCGCCGGAUUUAUCGCAUUUAUCUAUGGCUAAUGCCGCUGCUCAAGCCCAUGCCCAUGCUAUGCAACAACAGCAACAACAGCAACAACAGCAAAUGAAUACCAUGGCUGCUGUUACUACAAACCCUUCUCUUCCAUCCAGCAAUGCAUCCAUCGGUUAUUCAACACUGUUUCCUUACCCUUCUCAAAGAUCAAAUGAGAUUUACACCCAGUUGGACGGAAAGCCAUCAUUUACAAGCAAUCAUUCGCCUUUAUAUCCCUCUCCGUAUCACUGCAAUGAUCAGCAACAGCAACAGCAACAGCAGCAUUUACCAGGAACAUACCCUCCAACUCUGCAAGAAUGUGUUGGUAACAACAAUAGCAUCAAUGAAUAG